AUGGGUAUGAUCAGCAUAUGGGGCGUGGUAGUUAAAAGAUUAAUGUACUCGAAGGUAGAAGUACUCGACCUUCCGCACUGCCAAAUUAAUAUCGCUGAACUAAAUUCAUCAGUUUUAAGGCCACUUUCCAAUUCGAGUUUACGCGAACUCCGCCUCAGUGGUAAUAACAUUGCUGCAGUUGCUUCAGAUAUCUUUCAGGCUCUGCCGGUGAUUGAAAAGUUGGAUCUUUCUUUCUGUAAAAUCAGAACCUUUCGUGCAAGUUUCAAGACACUAUCGUCCACGCUUAGGGAACUGGAUAUUAGCAUGAACGGUAUAUCUGAUUUGGAACUUUUUAAAUCAGUAGCACUUAGCUUCCCGAACCUACGGAAAUUGGUUGCCCAACACAACGAAUUCAUGGCGGUAAAAACGAUAAAUUAUCCGCCUCACCAACAUCUGAACGUUCUGGAUCUGUCUUUUAAUCGCUUGUAUGGAUAUCUCAACUUCACGCGCCUGACCAACCUACGUGAGUUGUAUUUGAAUGGGCUAUUUGGAAGUUUACCUUCUCCUUACACACAUCCGGGCCUUCAUCUAUUUAUAGUCCAAAACAUGACGUCAUUAGUCACAUUUCAGUACACACACAACAAGGCUUGUGUGCUGAGAAAUCACCUGAAUUUUUCUGCAUUCGAAGGAUUAUCCAGCAUCCGUAAAAUAGAUCUUACGGGUAAUGCGGUCUUCUGUAUGAUGAAAAUUGGGGUACUUCCUCAAAUUUUUAAAUCGCAGGUUCCACUGAGGAGGCUAAUUUUAGCUUCAAAUAGUAUCUCCAAACUUCCGAACAACAUGUUCUCCCAUCUGCCUCACUUAGAAUAUUUGGACUUAUCAGACAAUCAUAUGGAGAACGUCGAUACCGUAUUUGAUUCUCUCACUUCGCUCGUUUUCUUGAAUCUUAGAAAAAAUAAACUAGUGACAAUCGAUAUAGGUUCUAUAUUAGGAACGAACCCGCGCCUUCACUUCCUAAAUAUUGAGCUCAAUCGCUUUUCGUGUAGCUGCGAUUCCAGUUCGUUUUCCGAGUGGCUCCGUCAUACAACCACGAAAGUAUAUGGAGCAAGACAGAAAUGUAGCGAGCCGGCCGAGUACCAAAACACCGCCCUGGAGGACUUUAACCCGCCUUGGAUUACAUGCGGAAACCAUUUGAUUACUGUCGUGUUCUGUUGUAUCGGGGCCGGCGUUUUGAUUAUUGGAGCAGUGGCAGGUCUUGUGGCCUACUUUCGCCUUGACAUUGUAUACUGGUGGCACUUGAGAAGACUGAACCGUCGGCGGCACGGCUAUAUUCGCUGUGGCGACAGACAAGAACAGUACGAAUAUGACGCAUUUGUCGCUCAUAACAGUCGAGAUGAGGCGUGGGUCGUGCGCCAGUUUCUUCCACACGUGGAGGGUCAAGGUCAGGGACGAAACAUGCUCCAAGGUCAGGGUCAGGGUCAAGGUUAUGAACAAGGUCGAGACAUAUUUUUCAAUGUAUGUAUCCAUUCAAGAAACUUCCUACCGGGCGAUUACAUCAUAGAUAGCAUAGUGGAGAAAAUGGAGGCCAGCAAGGCGGUGAUACUGAUUAUAUCGCAACAUUUCUUACAGAGUGAUUGGUGUCGUUAUGAGAUCGACAUUGCUCAGGCCAAGGUACUGCGCGAGAGGCGUAAAUCGCUCAUUGUGGUGUUUCUGGAGAGGAUCCCACCCGAUCAACUCCCCAAGACGCUGCGACUCAUGAAGCGUCACGUGACCUACCUGGAGUGGCCAGAAGAGGAGAAUGAUGGGAAGAGGGAGGAGUUCUGGAAAAAGCUGAAACUUGCUCUGCUUAAGAGAACGCGGCAAAUUGAUGAAGCUUUAGAUGUAGAUGAAGCGCAGAUGUGA